CGAUCAGUGUAAAGCGCUGACGGUGCUUUGCCAACUACUGCCGCACGAAAAUCGCAACACACUGCGCGCGCUGUUGCAUUUCUUCCGUCGAGUAGUGGAGCAGCAACACCUGAACCGAAUGUCCCAACAGAACGUGGCAACGAUCAUUGCGCCCUCGUUCUUCCCACCAACAUUUGUGCAUCCACUAGACCACAAGGACGAUAUGGGAGAGCAAACACAGAUGGCUGACAAGUGUUGUCAGCUCACCAACGUGCUCCUAGGCAUGGCCGACAGCUUAUGGGUCGUACCACAGCGUCUAAUCGAGCAGGGCAAGAUUGUCAUUGCCAUGUGAUCGGGCCUAUGUGCUACCAUUUUGACUGACCAUUUUGAU